AUGGCACUCGUGUUACAGCAGCAGCACUACAAGCCGCCGCCGAGCCUGCACUCGGUGCUGGAAGAAGCCGAGGCCGCCGAGUACGAAGAAGAAGACGACCAGGUCGACGAGCUCCCGCCCCCGCCUUCUCCCUUUCCUCAGAGCUUCCAGGCGCUUUCCGAGGCCUCAGCCCCCUCGGUAGAAGGAGAAGGCGACGAGGAGGCGACCGAAACGACCGACGCGUCCGACUUUGGUCUCCUCCAGUCGUCUGCACCCGAGAUCGAGCUCGACCUCGUCGGCCUGCAGCGCUCAUGUGUCGACGCGCUCGAGGCCCUCCUGCCGCACAGCGCAACCGAGUCGAUCCACGAGGAUGAUCGUCGGCUGGCUGCGGCGCUCAGCGAGCUCCUCGAAGCAAGUUACGAGUUCGAGGCCUUCCACGCCGAAGACGCCAUCCUUUCCCCGACUCCCUCGUGCGACACGAGCUUUGUCGCCGAGUCGCCGUUCAUCGCGCUCGUCAAGGUGCUGCUCACGGUGCAGAUGGCGGCCGAGGCGAGAACACCAAGGGCGCCGACCGCGCCGGAGGAGGACGUGACCACGCCCGAGGCACUGGCGCUUGCGCGCGAAGACGUCGCGUGGGCCCGGCUCCAGAGCUUGAGCCAGGCGAUCGUCGCCCUCGUCCACGAGCGUGACCCGCCGACGCCGACGGCACCGCAUGUCCUCCCGCCGGGGUACACGACCGACUUGUCAUCAGAGGCGGGUGAGUCCGAGUCCCUGCCCUCAUACCACGGCCACCAAGGUGAAGCUGGCAGAUCGUCGGGAAGCCACGAAGAGGCCUACAAGCUCGCGGGGGACAAGGCCAAGGUCGACCUCAAGAGCGGCGAUGAGACGGUGCGCGCGCGGCACUCGCGCGCGACGAUCGGCGUGUUGAACGACAUUGACACGGUCACGAACGCGAUCGAACGCCUGCAGACUGUUGCGCCUCAGAUGCAGAAACAGCGCGUCGAGCUGCGUUCCGGCAAGAUGGCCCGCAGGAUACAACACUCACCGAUGACGUCUGAGGCGGAUCCAGUCGCCGCCGAGUAUGUCAAGAUGCGCGAGCUGGAGGAUAUCUGGGACAAGAUUGAGAGAACACAGGGCCCGGGGAGGUCACGGGGAGGCGACGACCAGAGAGUAGAUGGGAAUGCGUGGGCUGCGCGCCAACAGGCGAGGCGUGAUACCCUUCUCAAGCGACUGUCCAACUCACACGAGAAGCGUCUGUCCAAUCAGGAUAUGGGUCUCCGUACCGGUCAAGAACAGCGCAACUCAUUUAUCCAGGGCAUCGUAGAAAAGUCACGCGAUGGCCGGCUCAGCGAUCAAGAGGCGCCACCACCGACUCCGAAGUCCAGCAAGUUCUCUUUACGGUCAGCGUCUAUCCGCAGUCGGCUCACAGACGAACGCCGGAGUGUGAAGUCCAUUGAGGCGUUCGAAGUCGACACUGCCGACACCGACGACGACAAGGACGGCACCGAGUACGAGGACGAAGACGACGAGUUUGACGAAGACGCCAUUAUCGCCGACUACACUUUUCCGCGCACCCCUCGCAGCCACCAGCGCAGCCCGCACGAGCUCGAGGAAGAGGCCAUGGACCAGGUCCUCCAACGCAUGCCGUCUCGUCUCAGCCAGCAGGACUGCCCGCCCCCGACGCCCAUGUCGUUCCAGGACAAGCAGCACGGCUUUUACGAGGCACUCGCGGCCUCGUCCCGUGUUGGACGCUUGCACAACCAGGACACUCUCCCUCCCACACCACGCUCCCCUGCACGCACAUCCUUUGGUCCUGGCACUCCCCGCUCGCCUGCACGGUCAACAUUCGCAGCGACUGGGACGCCGAGAUCCCCAGCCCGCUCGACAUUUGCCGAUUCGCCACAGUUCACCGAGAGACCAGGUUUCAGUCGCCGAAGUUCUUUGGCCCCCACCAUUAAGGAACCGCACUCGAGGUCAACAUCUACGACGACCAUCAGGUCCUCAGUUCCCAACAACACCUCUAAUAACCCCAGCGGCAUCCGAAAGAUCUCGCAAAUUGUCAAGCGGGGGAGCAUGGCCCUCAGCCUGCGGCAGCGCGCCGACCCACAGCCCACUCACCACGAGUUUGAUGCUGCUGAUGUCGGGUACAUUAUUGAGCACCAGGAGGCGCUGCGGAUCGUCAUCGUCACGAUCUACGGCAUCAACCUCGACUCGGCGCCGUACCUCCAGCUCGAGGUGACUUCGGCCAACGACGCCCUCCUCACGUGCAAGCGGGACGCGAGCCUGCGCGUGGCCAUAUCGCUCCCGACAGCAGUGGUGCAGGGGCAGGUCGUGCCGAUUGUCAAGGCCGGCGACGUCUACUUUGAGGCCAAGCUCGCCGCGAUGCCAACGCAGCUCCUUACCCUGUCGCUGAACACGACGAUUGCUCACCCGCUAUCAGCGCCGAACCUCCGCUCGCUCGCUCCCCGGAGCCUGUGCUGCACGUCGUGCGACCGCGAGAUUGCCCGCUUCCCAACAGGCGUAAACUUCAAGGACCUCCCGUCUGAGCACUGGGCCGAGAUGCUCGAGGUGUGGAUGUGCCAUGCCGACCCGGCAUUCACGGCCCAUCUUGCGCGCCACACCAGAGACGGCUUCUGGCCCACGGACGGCACGGUGCUGGUCGGUGGAAGCUACCUGCUGAUCGCGAGCGAGCACAUCUGCGAGGGUACUCUGAGCGUGACCGAGUCUGCAGAGCCCGACGACUGGCACAUUGUCUCGUGCCCUUGCGGAGAGGUGCUCGGCAAAGAGAGACCAAAGAACGGCCGUCCAGGCGAGGGCACCGUACGGCUCUCCAAGUGGGCGAUCGCUUUGUUACGUGGCAAAGGCGCGGGCGAGGUCGAGCCUGUGCGCUUCCCUGUGUCCACCUUUGUUGUGUCCGACAUGCUGGAGCUGGCGCAGGCUCACGCCGCGCACCGGUUCAUCAUCUCAGACGAGCAGACGGGCGACCGGAGACUAGCCGUGUGGCUCUUCAACCCGUCCAUACGGGUGAGCUACCGGCGUCCAGCCAACUCGUUCCCUCUCAGCCCGAGCCACCACGGGCCAUCAAAGGGGCGGAACAAGCUGCGCCGAUUCUCAAACAGCUCCAAGGCGCCGAGAAAACUCUCUGCCGAGGGCCUGCCGUUCGGCCGCGCAUUCAGAGCCGCAAAGAUCAUGUACAAGGUGCUCGAGCCGUUCUCGCCCGACGAGCCGUACGAGCACCUGCCCGGCUUUGGCCCGCUGGGUCAGGUCGAGCAGCUGCGCUACUCGCGCAAGGUAUGCGUCACGCUCAUUGAAUCGCUGCGCGCCAGCUCGAGCCUGUACCCCGAGCCCAGGCGAACCAUGGGGUCGUUUGACAUUGGCUUUUUGGAGCGGGCGUAGGGAAGGGAGGCGGCUUGUACUACAAUACAACAUAGUGCCGAGGAGGCAGGCAGUCACGUGUGCAUGGUAUAUAAUCAGUACGACAA